UCCACACUUCACACCCUCCUUCCAUAGCCUGGCUCUCGGAGAAGAUGGCCGCCAUGCUCGGCACCACCCUUCUCGCCCUCUCUCUUUUCCUUUUCAACGUCGCCGUCAGCCACGGCGCGCUUCAGUUCGGGUUCUACACCGGCAAGUGCAAAGGCACCGACGUGGAGACCGCCAUUAGAGGCAUCGUUGCAGCGCGCUUCGCCAAGGACCCCACCAUUCUCCCUGCUCUCCUCCGCAUGCAGUUCCACGACUGCUUUGUCAGAGGCUGCGAUGCUUCGAUACUACUGGAUGUGCCCAACAGCGAGAAGCAAGCAGGCGCUAACCAAAGUGUGAGAGGCUACGAGCUGAUCGAUGAGAUCAAGGCAGCUCUGGAAAAAGCAUGUUCUGGGGUGGUUUCUUGUGCUGAUAUCAUUAUUGCGGCUACAAGAGACGCUGUGGUCUUGGUAAGUGACAAAGAAAGUAUACUCGAUCUGCUGGUGUUGAAGAUAGCCAUCGUACUAAAAGUUCAUUUUCUUGGACGAACUAAGGGUGGUGGACGGCGGUACGAGGUCCAAACAGGGAGGAGGGAUGGCACCAUCUCCCGUGCUUCAGAUGUAAAUCUCCCGGGGCCUUCCAUAUCAGUCUCCGACGCCAUUGGGCUGUUCAACGCCAAAGGACUUACUGCAGAGGACACGGUUUUACUCUUAGGAGGUCACACGGUUGGAGUCACCCACUGCUCAUUCAUCUUGAGUCGCCUGUACAACUUCAACGGAUCCGGCAAGCCCGAUCCGACCAUGGACCCUGCUCUUGUGGCCACUCUGAGGCGCCGGUGCCCUCAGAAUCUAGUAGUCGACAGCCCUGUCAACCUGGACCAGAACGCUUCCAGCGCCAACACAGUGGACGACAGCUUCUACAAGCAGAUAGUUGCGAAGCGGGGCGUGCUUCAGAUCGAUCAGAGGAUAGCCUUGGACGCUGCAACCGGCGCCACCGUCGCGCUUCUUGCCGGCGGGCGGAUGGACUUCUCCACCCGGUUCGGCAGUAGCAUGGUCAAGUUGGGCGCCGUCGAGGUGCUCACCGGAACGCAGGGAGAGAUCAGGAGGUCCUGCCGAGCCCCCAACAAACGGACGCAGUCGCUUGGUGGCGAUCCAUUUGUGAUCGAGCCGUUCGUCCAAGAACAACUACAAAGCAGUGCUGUCGUCCCACGGUGAUGGUUUCAGCUUUGUUUAUCUUGCGCCGUCCAAUAAAAUCUUUUGUCGCCGAUCCAAUCGUCGAAUCCUA